UCCAAUGUGAGGCUGUGACUAAAGCGCCAUCCCCCAGGCUGCUCGCUCAUUGAGCGUGCUCACUGGCACCACCGCCGCGUGUUUUCCGUCGGCUCCGCAGGAAUCGGCGUGCAUUCCUCUAUUCUCUUGACAUAACCCCCCCCCCCCCUCCCUUCCCACACCCCGACACAGUUUAUUUUUGCUUCCGAAGGGGCUGCAUGGGAGGUAAAUAGAUUACUGAGCCUCUGCUUUGCCUGGUUGUGGAUGAGCCGGAACCAAGAGACCAAGCCGGACCUCCUCGGACUGUUUGAUUUUUUUUUUUUUAAAUGAUCAUUUAAAUGAUUAUUUUUUUACAUUUUGGGAUGGAGGUGUGGAGUUUUGCCAUCACGCUGUCUCCUCCUCCAUCACAUAUGCCGCUGAGACUGAGGGGGGUAUUUGCGUAGGAGGCUUUUAUUUGCUCCAUCAGCCUCUCCUGCUCAUCUAUCGCCAAAAAACAACAGCCGGAGCCGUGAAUGGAAUCUUUCCGUCGAGCACAGAUCAGGACCUGGCAUCCAAUCAGCCGCCGCUAGCCUCCAUGUGACCUGCUUGAUUCAUCUUAUCUCUGAAGGCAGUUGAUGGAGAGCCAUUCGAAUGACAGCCGGGACAGUGGUCAUCACCGGUGGAAUUCUUGCUACGGUCAUAUUACUCCUUAUCAUCGCAGUACUGUGCUACUGCAGACUGCAGUAUUACUGCUGUAAGAAGGAGGAGUCCGAGUCGGAGGAGGAGGAGCCAGACUUUGCCGUCACCUCCCGCCUGCCGCCGGUCCACUCCAACCACAACAUUGUGGCGGCCACGGCCGCCGCCUCCUGCAUUCCCAAUGGCCCCGCCCUCUUCCCCACACCGCCGCUGGCCCGGAAACUGACCCGCUCGCAGACCUUCUGUCCGUCGUGCACCCACUACGAGCUGCCCUUCUACCUGCAGCCCCCCGCUCCCCCGCCGGUUCACCAUCAAGCCGAUGGCCUGAGGAACGGCGGCGAGCGGGUCAGCUAUCGCAGCAUGCCGCCACCCCCGCAGCAGCCGGACAUGGAAUUGCCCGUGCCCGUCAACAUUUCCAACUACCGUAAGCCACACUUGGCCCGCUCGGUCACCAUGAGGGAAAUGUUCACUCGCAGCUGUAGCAUCAGCACCGAUGUUUAGCCGGGCCUCCGGGUUCUAUUCAACGAUGGAUGUGUUCAGUGUUAAUGUGCUCCCUAUCGUCCAAUUUGGUAUCAUCUGAUGUGCUCUGCUUUGGACAUCCAACUGGCUCUCAGGACUCAAUUUGCUACGCUACGUUCAGGUCAAGGAAUUCACUUCCACCCCCGCUAACACAACUAUGAGUUGUGACUGUUGAAGUGUACCAGUUGUUAUAUAACUUCUUGGCUUGAGAAUACUUUUGUAAAAUAUAUACAAAAUGUCAUUUCUAUAGUCCCGCCCCUUCUCCGGGAUGACAUCACGGUAAAGGGAUUUUCUCUCUGCCGUCGCUGCUAGAAAACAAAGCAAAAUAUGAUUAGGAGCUGUGUUUCCCUGCCAUGGAAGGAUCUGUCUGCUCCUCCGUGCACAGAUUAUAGAGAUUAUGAAACAUAAUUCAGCGCCUGUGGGACGGGGGGGGGGGGGUGCCUUGUUGUUGUUGUUUUUUUUUUUGCAGAUAGAUUUAACUUUGGCUGUGAUGUCGAAAUGACAUAAAGGGCUCGCAGAAGAUAGAAAUCCUCUAUUUAUCCCCCCCUCCCCAAAUCUUUUCAGUCUGCUUCGUACUUUGUACAUGGACCUUCCCAUAAGUAGUGUGACUCUUUCAGUUAUACGCUCACAUGACUGUGAAUGUCCAACUAUUUAAUCCUUCAACACGUUCUCGUAAGAAUUUAGAAGGAAACGGUACAAAAGGCUGCACCAAAAAAAAAAAAAAAACGGUUCAUUCAGUGGAGUAUAUUUUUUAACGUAUUUUUGCCUUUAAAAUGUUAAUUUCCCAGCAUUUCACAAUUCUUAGAGUAAGCUCAUAAGAAAAGUACAUUUUGUACCUCUUAAAAUAGGGCAUGGAAUCACUUUGGGCGUCUACAUAGAUCAAGGAACUGCAUUGGGUAACAUUUUAGUGCAAGAAGCCCCAACUGGUAACUUAAGGUGAUUUUAAAACAGCAGUGAACCACGUUUGGUCACUUUAUAGAGGAAAGAACCAUUAUUUGGUCAUGUUACCAAGCGAGGAAAUAGAUUUGGAAAUCUUAGAGGGGGCAAAAAAAAAAAGCCCUACAUUUGGUGUCAUUAAGAGGACCAGGAUCCCUAUUUGAAUGUUUCAUAACGAAAAUAACCUAAUUUGGUGAUUUUGCAAAGGUAUGGAACCAUAUUUGGUAACCUUGCACAAAAUGGAGACAUACUGUUGUUGGUGGCAACCAUAUGUGGCAAAUCUACAGGUCAAAGAACCUUAUCUGGUGGCUUUUUAGAGUAAAGAACUGUAUUUGGUUACCUUAUAGAAAAAAAGGGUCCUACUUUUUGGACAAGACACUAAAUUUGGUCAUUUUACUUGGCAAGGUGCCCUAUUUGGUGAUUCUGAAGGGCAUGGAACUGUCACAUUAUUGAGGAAGGAACCAUAUUUAGUACCUUUCUUGGGGGGGGAGGGGAACCCACCCGCCCACAUAUUUGGUCAUAUCAUAUGGCAAAGAACCAGUUUUGGAUGUACAAAAUCAUAUUUCCAAACCUGAUUGUGCUAGGAACCAUAUUUGGUGACAUGCAAUUCCAUUUACGAACCUUAUAGGGAGUGGAACUAUUUAUGAUCAUUUUAGGGCAAUACACACCAUAUUGCUAAUUGAUAUUUAUUUUUAUUUUUUUGUCACCCGUGUACUUAUAUGCAGCAAUAACGCUGAAGAUGAUUUAGUUCAAGAAUGAUAGCGGGGAUUGCUUUCUGUCAAAACCAAGGACUGAUGGUGCAGCAGGUUUUAAUGUCAUUCUGGAUUAUUCCUUUCAAAAAAGAAAAACAAAAAAAUCCAUUCUCCCCUCCCCUUUGCUGAAGCUUUGUGGACUCUUGCAGCCUUUUUUUCUGUUGUCUUUGAUUUGUCGAUCUGCGCUGAAGAUGACUCAAGCUUUGAAGGCACUUGUCUCAAUAUUCAACAGGACACUUUUUGUCUCUCCACUCCUAAAAGGUGCCGGAGUUCAUUGAGUAUUCAUUCCCACCACCUGACUCAUCUUGCUUGAGGUCUGCCGCUCGGACUGAGAAUCUGCGACUUUUGAAUUUUUGAUGCUCUUAACUCAUUCAGUACCAGCCAAUUCUGGGCCAAGUCUGAAAAGACGUUUAAAAACGUCUUUGGGAGUGAAUGAGUUCAUGAAUAGAAUUUAUUCCGGUUUCAUAACAAGAGAAAGUGAAAGUGGAUGCAACUGCACUGGACGCCCUUCCUUCACCCCCCCAGUCCCCCUUCUCUCUCUCUGUUUAUCCUAUUACAGAGCAAGCUCAUUUAUUUUUCCAGCGGAUCAAACACGGAGUGAUUGACGAGCUUUCCCGCAAAUACGCAUAUAUACGCACACAAACAAUGCGACGUUUUCCUUGUUAAUGAUGCGACGGGGCGGUCACACGGGGAAUUUGGUGCCAUAACGAGUGGGGAAAAGAAAACUCUAUUCUUGUUCGUAUUAUUCCGAUGAUAACAGAUAUGUAUUCAGAUGUUGCUUUUCCGUCAAGUAUUUGAAUGACUUCUGUUUAUUUCACCAACCAGCUUGUUUUGUUUUCCGAGUGUAGAACGGACACGUUCAUGUCCUUUGUUUUUAAAUGGAUAACUGGCUAACAGACACAAUGUUGAUAAUAAAAUGCUGUUCAAAUUGA